AUGGCUGCGGGUGUUUUUGUCCAGGAGAUGGCGGGCCGCACGCCUUGGCCUCGCAGGCUCCAGACGCCACCGCCGCCUUCUCCUCGUCCCCGCGUGGGGCAGCCAUCCCCUCUCCGAAGCACCCAGGGCGGACGCAGCCUCCUCUGUCCCAGCUUCCUCGCGACCCCGCGCCCUCCGCCCGCCGCCUGGGCGGGAAGUAGCGCCGUCCGCGCGCGGAGGGACACGCACGGCGUGGUGCGGCCCGCGCCUGGCUCUAGGCGGCGCGGCGAGGGGCCCUGGAGUGCACUGGGCGCCCGCCCGCGCCUGACCCCGCGCGGGUCCCGCGGCGGAGGCGGCCGCGCCCCCAGAGGCGCCCUCUGCGAUCUCGCAGGCCUCCGGGUCUGGCUCCCGCUGAGCCCCAGGCCUGGGUGUGACUGCUCGGCUGCGGGCUGUUGGUCAGGCCGAUCCGUGCGAGGAGCCCCGCAGCCCGGCGACGGGCAAGAGCGUGCCCAGGACCCAGUCAGACUUCAACGCGGGCUUCCGAUUUCUUCAGGAUUCCAAUCUAACAUACGUGCAUUCACCAGUGAGGUUGUCCUGGCUAAAACACCCCAGACUGAGGAUACUUAUGUGCCUCACUCCACGUGUUCAAGGGAGAGUGUGUUCCAGAGAGAGACCCCCGGUCCCGGGGUGGAGAUGCUGCGCCCCAAGGGCCGGGAUGGGGGUGUCUCUCCCCACAUUCCCAAAAUAAAGGUCACUCCAAGUAAGGUUAUGGUGCAGCAGUAUCCAUUGUUGGCUUACAUUCUUGUGCGGGUCAAGUUACCUGUGAAAGAAGGUUGACCUUUCCCCUCCCCCAUAAGCUGGCCAAAAGGGACACCCCACGCAGACACAGAGAAUGACUUCAGCCAAGCAACAACUCAGGCCACACCUGCCUUUACUUUAACUAACCCACUGUAAGCCAUACUGAGUUGACUUUUGGAUGUCUUAAGAAAUUUUUGAUGUGCUGUAGGGUUUGGGGUUUUUGCAUGUGGAUAUCUGGUUGUUCCAAUAUAUUUAUUGAGGGUACAACCUUUUCUCCACUUAAUUUUUGCAUCUUUGCCAGAAAUCAAUUGUCUGUUAUGUGGGUAUCUAUUUUGGGACUUUAUACUGAUACUGUGGUGAUUUGUCUAUCGUGAUAUCAAUGCCAUUUUGUCAUGAUUGGUGUAACUAUGAUAAGUUGUGGGAUUGGGGAGGGUUGGAGCUCUAAUUUUGUUCCUUUAUCAAAGUUGUUUAGACUAGUCUGCGUCUUUUCUACUUUUACAGAAAUAUAAGAAUCAAAAUGUUAAUCUUUAUGAAAAAUGAUGUUGGCAGUUUGAUAAAAAAAUAAAAUCUAUAGAAAACA